UUCGGUUAAAUUUCAGUCGUGUGGUAGCUUUUGAUGAAGAGAAACGAAACGGGAAAAACGUUCGGGGAAUUUUUGUAAACUUUUUUUUUGUUAAAUCAAAACUAAAAUUUUUAUAGUUGAUUUUUACGAUUAAAAAAUCUAUCAUGUUGUCGGACGGAUUCAGCUACUAUUUAAGCAGAUGUUGUGGUGGAUAAAUCGUUUUCUUAUUGCAAAAAUUAAAUUCGGUCGAAUCUGAUAAUACUGUGAUGUGAACUCGAAAUUGAUCAUUCAAAAAUAAGAGAAAAUGAAUUUGGAAAAAAUGUGUGUAAAAAUUGUUUGCAUUUUAACCAUGCAAUUAACGGUCGGAGUGAUUGGAGCGCGUGAACCGCCAACGGUUUCAAUACCCGGACAGGGUACGCUAAUGGGAAUGUACAUGAAAAUGUUUCGCAUACAACGGAUUGUUGCUUACUUGGGUAUUCCAUACGCCCAGCCGCCGGUGAAUGAAAAACGUUUUAUGCCACCGUUGGUGGAUAAUUUGGCUGCAUGGGAUGGCGUUAGGAAUGCAACAACAUAUCCGCCAGAGUGUUGGUCGGAUGUACGGAAACCACUGAAACAACAUGAUGAAGCGUUUAUGCGAUUAAUUGGCUCACCGAAGCGGAAGGAUACAUCGCAAUAUGAUGAAGAUUGCUUGUUCCUCAAUAUUUAUAUACCGGAUGCUCCCCCUCCUCCAGAGGGCUAUGCUGUAAUUGUUUGGUUACAUUCGGGAGAUUUUACGGUCGGAAAUGCCUCGGAACUGAGCCCGUUCCACUUGGUUUUCAAACAAAAGCUAUUGGUGGUCACCGUCGCUUACCGUUUGGGUAUAUUCGGUUUCUUUACGAGCAUGGACUUUGUAGCGCCUGGAAAUUUCGGACUUAUGGAUCAAUCAGCAGCUAUGUUGUGGGUUAAUCGGAAUAUAAAACUUUUUGGAGGGAAUGAUAAAUCGAUCACAAUAAUGGGUCAUGGCUCUGGUGCAAUAAGUGCAAGUUUACAUUUAACAUCAGGUGACUGGUCUACCGAUUUAUUUCACAAGGCAAUCAUCAUGUCAGGAACAUCAUUAAGUGCGACAUCGGUUCGUGAGCCUAGAACAUACGCCGGAUCGCUGGAUCAGAUAUCAUCUGCUUUCGGAUGUUUUCGCCGUCCCACUGCUGACUUAUUAGGCUGUUUACGGAGGGUUGAUGCCCAAAUAUUAAUGGAAAACAGCCCAGUCAUGGAUUGGGGCCCAGUUAUCGAUGAAGGUCUCAGCAAUAUAACGACACCAUUCGUUUCGGACGAUCCACGGACACUUUUCGAACGUGGCAAAAUGUUGAAAGUACCAGUUUUGAUAGGAUUUACUGAUAUGGAGGACAGUCUGGACGUGUCAAUGGGCGAAGUGAUGAACGAUGGCAUUGCCAGUGAAAUGUAUGACUCAUUCAUCGAAGAUAUAGUGAUGAACGGGAUUUCAUCACUCGAAUCAAACGAAUCUUGUGGUACCAACAAUCAAGCGGUACUGGACGCUGUAAAUUUUGUCUAUCGACCAUAUCCGCCAGUUACAGAUCCUAUUGAGUUACGAAAACGAUUCACUGACUUCAACACUGAGCGAAAUUUUGCCGCACCGACCAUACUUCUAGCGACACACAUGAGUAAAAUGUCGGAAACAUACGUCUACAAGUUCGACAUUAAGCCUAAAACAACUGCGGCUAACGAAGGUUUACCACAAUGGGCUGGCGUGCCACAUCGAUACGAUCAGAUAUUCGUUUGGGGUCUACCUUAUUGGAUACAAUUGGAAAAUCAAACCCAAUGGGACAAUGCCGACAAGCGACUAUCGGACAUUAUCAUGACAUUGUGGUCAAAUUUUGCUAAAUACACAGAACCAUCAAAACUCGGCGUGUACAUAAAAUGGGAUCCAUUCACACCCGCACAGCAGGGUGUUCUAAUAAUCGAUCGGUCAUUUAAUAUGAGCGAUUCUACAUCGCUGAACUAUAACGCAAUGCAAUUUUGGAAUGAUUACUAUCCGAAGGUGAUAGGUUUCGCGUCGCAAUGUUGCAAUGCAACGGACACCGGAAGUUCUAUUCACACAUUCGUGAAUAAUGGAAGCAGUCGCGUAAUUGUUUUGUUUCUUUCAAUAUUGUUCGUUUAUCAAACAGUCUAUUUGUCAACGUAGCACGAACUGAAAAGUGGUUUUGAGAUAUAUGUAAUAUUCAAAGUGGAAAGUUUAUAGAAAUACCGUUGUUACUAGAAUGGCGGCGGUGGUUGUACAUAAAAAUAUAAAUGAAAAGAAAAUAGUUUAUUUAUUCGUUGCCGUUGAGUAAAUGUAGGUGGAUUGGACUUAAUAAAAUUUACAUCUUCCCCUUCUA